AUGGCUGCCGUUCGAGAUGUCGAUAUUCUCACUUAUGAUGGAUUGAAGUUGAAGGGAACUUUUUACAGCGCUGGGCCCAAUAAGCCUUGCAUUGUCAUGAGCCAUGCAUUCUCUGGCCAUCGUGACCAUUUCUUACCCGAGCUCGCUGCCAAGUUCAACGAAGCUGGCUAUGGAGCAUUGGUUUAUGACAAUCGAUGCUGGGGCGAUAGUGAAGGCCUUCUUCGCUGUGAAGCCGAUCCUGUAAAGCAGACACGAGAUUAUCUCGAUAUCUUCAACUUCGCUGCAGCGCUUCCAGAGGUUGACCCCACAAAGAUUGUCUACUGGGGAUCGAGCUUGUCCGGAGGCAACGCCAUUUGCGCUGCUGCCAUGAAUAAGAGCUUAGCAGGCAUUAUUUCACAAGUCCCCUUCGUAUCCGGCGGUUCCAUGGCUCGCAUCACCGGAGCUCCCAAAUCUCUUCUAGUCUCUCAUCGCACCCUCAACUCAGAGAUCCAGAUCCCGAUCUAUCCCAAUUCUGUCGAGGAGGUUCGAGAUGGUACCACUAAGGCUAUUCUCAAAGAUGCUGGAGCGCUAGAGGCUUUUGAGAAGGCACUGCAGCCCAAGACCCUCAAGAUUGUGAAGGGAACUGGCCAUUUCGACCUGUACUAUGGCAAGAGGUUUCAGGAAGUGGUUGAUAUGCAGCUCGAGUUUCUGAAGAGCAUCUUUUAG